AAUUUAGUUCGUUAGAUUUACAAUUCCCACAUCGUUAAUAAGACAAAAUGUCGUAUCAGAACUGGCUAAAUUAUCUGCAGAGUGCAGAGAAGAAUUCCAUGAUCAGUGGACGAUUGCGCAAGGUACUAUACAAGUUUCCUGAUGGCAAGCAAAUGGCCGAAGAGUACAACAUGGACACUGGAAUUGUGCAGCGACGUGCUUGGCGGAAAUGCAAACAGCUCAUGGGCGAACCGGAGUGGGAGGUUGAGUUGGGCGAGGAACCGAAGCAACUCAACUGGGGUGGCAACAAAGACAAAGGAGCCGAUGCUGACAGCGCCACUGGCGAGGAAUUUACAGUGCGCGAAAGCAAUACAGCUCCACUGCUGACCAAGCGCGUAACUAAGAAAAACAUAGAAUGGCGCAUACGUAAUAUGCCCUAUCCACUAACAGUUUACAAUGUCAAGGCGGAUGCGGAGAAACAUGCUAUUGUUGUGAGCACGAGCAACAGAAAGUAUUACAAGGUUAUAUACGUCCCCGAUCUGGAUCGUUGCGGAUUACCACCUGUUCAGGCCAAUAUUACCAUACACCAUCAGUUCAAUACAUUAAUUAUCACAUAUCGCAAGCCGGACAUUCUUUGCGAGCUGGACGCACAGGUUCUGAUGCUGUUAAAAAACGUGGAUACGGAGACUGACAUGGAUGAUUUGAUGAAGAGCCUACUUGCCAAAUAAAACACACAUGGCUUAUUAUAUGAACAAC